AUGUCCAAGCUUAACUUCUACUCUUUGGGCGGGCCCUUACCUUUGCGAAAGGAUGACAAGCUGUGGAAGAUCUUGUCUGGGCUUGCCGACGACGCCAAAGUCAUAUGCUUCGCCAACACAAAGAGGCGAAUCGACUCCUUCCAGAAGACUUUCUGGGGCAAAGGUUUCGACUCAGUUGCGCUUCAUGGGGACAAACCACAGAAAGACCGGGACCGGGACCUUGAGAAGUUCACCAAGGGCGAGUGCUGGCUCAUGUUCGCCACCGAUGUCUGUGCCAGAGGGCUCGACAUCAAAGGUGUUACGCACGUCGUCAAUCUCGACAUGGCGCGAGACGUCGAAAGCUACGUGUGGGGCCUGGGACGGGAUAUGGCACCCGGCAACAGCGUCACUUCGUGGUCCAACGAUAUGCAGAUGGAUAGAGGACAGUAUGUGCUAGCCGGUGCUGGAUAUGCAAAUACCAUUGAGAUCCAGCUGGACCCUGACACUCGGCUUGCUUCAUCAACCUUUGGGCUUUAG